AUGGCCGUACAGUCUAUGGCCACGGCUUUCCGUCAAUCUGGACACUUACAAGCUGAUUUAGAUCCACUACAGCUACAACCACGUCGAAUCUUACCAUCUCUCACUGCUGAAAAUUUCCAUCCAUUAUUCAAUCGAACACUUUUUUCUACUGACUUGACUCAUGUUGUAUCACUUUCAGUAACUACUGGACAACAACUUUAUGAUGAAUUGUAUCGUGUCUAUUGUGGGAAAAUAGGGUUUGAAUUCGAAUAUUUGACGUCACAAGAUGAAAAGAAAUGGCUUGCACAUGCAAUUGAGACAUUAUCUCUACAAGACGUAACUCCAUCCGAUUUACGUAAUGCAUAUACGAGUAUGUUACGUGCAGAUGUCUUUGAGAGCUUUAUGGGAAAGAAAUUCGCUUCUUUUAAACGAUAUUCCGGUGAAGGAGCUGAGUCAAUGUUACCAGCAGUUGAAACGAUCUUACAAGCUUGUACAACAUCUUCUAUUACGGACGUUGUCAUUGGAAUGCCGCAUCGAGGACGACUUGCGCUCCUUGUGGGUACGCUAGAGUACCCCGUCCAUCAAAUGUUUCACAAGAUACGGGGGUACACUGACUUUCCAGCAACUUACCGUGGGAUUGAUGAUGUGUCGUCUCAUAUUGCAACCACCAUUGACAAAAAAACUUGCCAUGGUCAAGUUCAUGUUUCUUUAGUCCCGAAUCCAUCACAUUUAGAAAUUAUCAAUGCUGUAGUUGCUGGAAAAGUACGUGCAAAGAAUGAUGAUGAGGUUACUACACAUGCCAUGGGUUUGUUACUUCAUGGAGAUGCUGCAUUUGCAGGUCAAGGAUGUGUACCAGAAGCAUUAAGUUUAUCUCAAUUACCUGAAUAUCAAAUUGGUGGAACGGUUCAUUUGAUUGUAAAUAACCAAGUGGGGUACACAACGACGUAUCCUGAUAAUCGUACAACACAAUAUGCAUCGGAUAUUGCCAAAAGUAUUGAAGCACCAGUUAUACAUGUGAAUGGAGAAAGUAUUGUGGAUGUUAUUCGAGCGUGUCGUCUUGCUGUAGCAUAUCGUAAAACCUUUCACAAAGAUAUUGUGAUUGAUUUGAUAACGUUUCGUCGUCAUGGACAUAAUGAAGUGGAUGAACCACGUUUUACACAACCUAAAAUGUAUGCACGUGUGGAUCAAGUCACUCGAUUUCCAAUUCGAUUUGCACAUGAUCUCGAGAAAAAAGGAUUUGUGUCACGUACAAGUUUUGAAAAAACUAUGAAACAUUUUAACGAUCAUUUAGAAAAUGAACUUACGAUUGCGACGAGUGGGUACAUACCGACUUCUAUCGAUGCUUUUAAAGGAAAAUGGGCUAAAAUGAAGCAGCCGACAAUUGAAAUAGUGUAUGUGAAUCCUCUCACUGGUGUCGAAAUUGAAAAUCUCAUUCAAGUUGGUCUUGCGUCAGUGCAGCUUCCUAAGCACAUUCAACCACAUGGUCGUCUCCAGCGUACGCACAUUACUGCACGACAGAAAAUGCUUCAGAUAAAAGAAGGUGAAAGUUCUGGAGACUUACGUGUGGACUGGGCAACAGCUGAAGCCAUGGCGUUUGGUACAUUAAUGCAAGAUGGUCACUCGGUGCGAUUAGCUGGUCAGGAUUGCCGUCGUGGUACAUUUAGUCAACGACAUGCUGCAUUUACUGAUCAAGAAACUGAGGAAUUGUACUUUCCAUUGCAACAUCAUUUGCCCAAAAGAGAAGAACCAGUGGGUAAACUUAGUGUUGUAAAUAGUAACUUGUCCGAGCUUGCAGUCAUGGGUUUUGAAUACGGCUACUCGGUAGAGAGUCCUUACAAUCUAGUGAUUUGGGAAGCUCAAUUUGGCGACUUUUUCAAUGGAGCUCAGAUUGUCAUUGAUCAGUUUUUAUCAAGUGGUGAAUCCAAGUGGAUGCGUCAAUCUGGUCUCAUGUUAUUGCUGCCUCAUGGAAAUGACGGUGCGGGUCCUGAUCAUUCUAGUGGUCGCAUUGAACGCUUUUUACAGCUUGUGGACUCACCUGCACUUACUCCACGCCAUUCUAUGAAAGAUACUGGGAUUGACCCGAUAUGGAAACAAUAUAUGCACGACACGAACAUGAUUGUUGUGAAUGUGAGUACACCAGCCAAUUUCUUUCAUUUGUUACGUCGUCAGCAACAGCGAUCGUUUCGCAAACCUGUAAUUAUCAUGGGUCCAAAAAUGUUAUUACGUCUUGCCGAUGCUACGUCACCAUUGUCUGAAAUGGGUCCAAAUACAUCUUUUCAACCUGUGCUUUCGGAUCCAUUGAUCACUGACGCCUCACAAGUCAGAAAGGUUUACUUUUGUUCGGGCAAGUUCUAUUACGAACUUGCGAAAGAGCGACUUUUACGAUGUAAAAAUCCUCAAAGCAUUGCGCUUAUUCGUGUUGAAGAAUUGGCACCGUUUCCAUUCGAGCAGAUCGCACAUGAACUUGCAUCGUUUCAAAAUGCCAAACAGUUUGUGUGGGUGCAAGAAGAACCAUUGAAUCAAGGAGCCUGGACGUACGCUCAAGCACACAUUGAAAAACUAUUGGGUAAGAAACAACAUCUUGACUACAUUGGCCGUGAGAGUCUUGCUGCUCCAGCUGUUGGCUUGUCCAAACGUUCUCAAGAGCAACUUGAAGUGUUGUUGGCUGAAGCUUUUGGUCCGCAGAAGUAG